ACCCGAAAUGAGGACGGAUUUGAUAAUUGUGCUACUUAUGGGUAGUGUCCUGUCAUUUAGGAGCAGGAAUAACCUUAUUCAUUUGUUUUGAUUAGUGUGCUGUGCUUUAAUUAAAUUAAUGCAUUAGUUUCGAGAAUUUUUGCGUUCGUUAUCGUAUCCUCGCUGUGUUUUAAAUCCGGAUUGAAUUAUACACCGCUACCGACGUUCCAACCUCAACAGGCACCUACUACUUAUCAACAUCCUGUUUCAGAUGAUGAAGUUUAAAAUUUAUUUGUGUUUCAAAGGCUCUUGAGUUAGCUUUUCCACUUUAUCAAUGAUCUCAGUGAUAAUUUGCUCUCCCUCUUCUCUUAAUUCCUCGAAAAUCAUACAUACUGCUGGUCAAGCCUCCAAGUCAGCUACUUGUGAUGAGCAUCGAAAGUCAUUCGGAUGCUCUCUGAUGGUAGAUAUAGGUUUUACCAAUUGUAAAUGUGUUUACAAAAUUAAUAUUGCGGAUUAAGUCAACGUCCAGAAUGGCUCAAGAAAGUGAUGAUAUUAAUUUGACGCCUCAAGAACUACAAAUCCUCUCGGAGCUGGACAGUCGGCAAUUUGGAUUCCUGAAAUUGAAUUCGCCAGAGCAAAGCAAGAAAAAAGCCCUUGUCCUGAAGGCUAUUCGAUAUUUGGAGCGAAUGUUGAUUCAACAUCAAAAUGAAAAGGAACUUGAGAAAACCAAAGAUGAGGAAGUCAAGAGAGAUUCAUCUAUCAAAGAAAUCACCAUUGAUCCAAAGACUUACUGUAAAUUGGGUCAUUUUCAUUUGCUGUUGGAGGACUUUCCCAAAGCCAUGUCUGCUUACCAGAAAUUUUUCAAUCUGAAAACGGAUCACUGGAAGGAUGCCAAUUUUCUUUAUGGGCAAGGGCUGGUGUAUUUCCACUUCAAUUCCUUCCAAUGGGCUGUGAAAGCAUUCCAACAGGUUCUUUACGUGGAUCCUAGUUACUCAAGAGCCAACGAGGUUCAUUUACGCUUGGGCCUUAUAUUUAAGAUCAAUGGCGAUUGGGAGUCCUCGCUCAAGCACUUUCAACUCGCUCUCAUUGAUGCCAGUCCUUGUACAUUUUCCAAAUUAGAAAUUAAAUUUCAUAUAGCGCAUUUGUAUGAAGUUCAAGCCAAGUAUAAAAUUGCCAAAGACAACUAUGAACAGCUUCUCAAAGAAAAAUCACUCCCUGUUCAUCUAAAGGCUGACAUAUGUCGCCAGCUAGGUUGGAUGUACCAUUGUGUCGAGUCACUCGGAGAAAAGAAUCAGCGUCAAACGUUAGCUAUCGGGUGUCUUCAAAAAUCUAUAGAAGCCGAUCCUAAGUCGGGCCAGUCACUCUACCUUUUAGGUCGAUGCUUUGCUAGUGUUGGUAAAGUCCACGAUGCCUUUAUCGCUUAUCGGAACUCCGUCGAAAAGUCAGAAGGCAAUGCCGACACUUGGUGCUCCAUAGGAGUACUUUACCAGCAGCAGCACCAGCCUAUGGAUGCAUUGCAAGCCUACAUCUGUGCAGUUCAGUUAGAUAAGAGUCACAGUGCAGCUUGGACCAAUUUAGGUAUCCUCUACGAAAGUGUAAGUCAACCCCGAGACGCGUAUGCGUGUUACGUAAACGCCACCAGAGGUAGUGAAACUACUACUCCAAGCACUCCAACCGCAACACCGCAAGUGGCCGUCAGCUCACAGCUAGGCAUGAACCCAAACGUCUCAGAACGGAUCAAAUUUCUUCAAAAUCAGUUAGGAAAUGCUCCAAUGCCCAGUAUAACGAGCAAGCGGAGGCAACUGCCAUCAAUAGAAGAGGCAUGGAAUCUUCCGAUUUCAGCUGAGCUGUCGUCACGUCAACAGCAGCUGCAGCAACAACAACAGCAACAGCAGCAGCAGCAGCAACAACAACAGCAGAACUCAUGGCAGCAACAGAGAUCGCAGCAAGCCCAAUACCAAAAACCUAACUUACCCAACUCUGUGCAAUUGCAACACCCACAGCAGUUAUUGCAGAAUUCACGACCAAGAUUAGAUCAGCCUUAUCAAAAGCCAAAUCUUCAGAAUUCAGUGAUUUCGCCUCACCCAACAAACGGACACCAUCCUCCAACUGUGCAUGUCCCUCCGCCACCUUAUCCCUCACCAACACAAACCAGUGCUAAAAGGCCGAAACUCUCGGGCAAUGGCCUGGAAUUCACUGCCAAAACAACGCCAGAGCAGCUGGUCAGCGAUCAGGAGCUUCAAGCACUCCUCUCCGAACGGGAUAUUGCCACUUCACUUGCCGAGGACUUACUCAGGCACUUUGGUUCUCCUAGUCCAGCCGAUGAAAAUGUUCCUACCACCAAACUAGAAGAAACACCUUUAAGCUCAGGACCGUUUUCACCAUCCAAUUUGCCCUCCUCUCCAAAUAGGACAAACAACCCUAUUCCGACUUUACCAAUUGAGGAAGACUCUUUACCACAAGUGGAGAUCAAAAAAGAGGUUGAAGAAGAAUUUCUGCGGCUGGAGCAAAAGAACGGUAUCAAAGUGGAACCACCAGACGUGCUGAAUCCAGAGCCAGAGCCUGAAUUCUCAAUCAACAUGAAAGCAGAAGAAGUUCUGGCAGCUUGCAAGGGGCGCGGGCUAGGUGGCGUAAACAACUGCAGUGUCCUGAGCGACAAAUGUCCGCCGCCUGCACCGCCAGAUCCACCCCCUCAGCGCUUGACCAAGGAACAGCUGCUCCCACCCACCCCAUCAGUAUUCCUGGAGUGCAAAAAGGAUGCCUUUGGACCUGGAAUCCAAGAGUUCUGUCUCAAGCAUCCAAUCGCUGUGAUCCGCGGCAUGGCGGCAGCUUUGAAAUUAGAUCUUGGUUUAUUUUCGACGAAAACACUAGUUGAAGCAAAUCCAGAGCAUGGAGUUGAGGUGCGAACACAAGUUCAACAAACGUCAGAUGAGAAUUGGGACCCACACCAAGGUCGUAGGUCUUGGGCGUGUCUGUCGCAUAGAUCACACACAACCAUAGCUAAAUAUGCUCAGUACCAAGCCUCUAGUUUUCAAGAUAGUCUCAAGGAAGAACGAGAGAAACAAGCAGGCAUCCACGUUACUAGUACAAAUACAAGCAUUAACUUAUCGGAUUCAGACUCAAAGGAUUCAAUGAGUAAUGUUGUUAGAAAGAAGAAAGGAAGGGAUGGAAAACUUCGUUUGAAGGCACCUCCCGGUUCAAAAAUGCUGAGGUUUGGUACGAAUGUAGAUCUCUCGGACGAAAAGAAAUGGCGGCCGCAGUUGCAGGAGCUAAUGAAACUACCUGCGUUUGCACGAGUUGUCUCCGCAGGAAACAUGCUCUCACACGUGGGCCAUGUUAUUUUAGGAAUGAAUACUGUUCAGUUAUAUAUGAAGGUUCCCGGUAGCAGAACACCGGGGCAUCAAGAAAACAACAAUUUCUGCUCAAUAAAUAUCAAUAUUGGACCGGGUGACUGUGAAUGGUUUGCUGUACCUGACGCCUAUUGGGGCGCUAUAAAUAAUCUCUGUGAAAAGAAUAAUUUAAAUUAUCUGCAUGGAUCCUGGUGGCCUGCAUUAGAAGAUUUGUAUGAAGAAAAUGUACCUGUCUACAGAUUUUUGCAACGACCCGGCGAUUUAGUCUGGGUUAACUCAGGCUGUGUGCACUGGGUUCAAGCUAUUGGUUGGUGUAACAACAUUGCAUGGAACGUUGGGCCUCUGACUGCCCGGCAAUAUCAAUUGGCGAUUGAGCGCUACGAGUGGAAUAAGUUGCAAAGCUUCAAAAGCAUUGUUCCUAUGGUUCACCUCUCAUGGAAUCUCGCUCGAAACAUCAAAGUUUCAGACCCCAAGUUAUUUGAUCUAAUCAAAAAUUGUCUUCUUCGUACGUUGCGGCAGUGUGCGCUCAUUCUAGAAUUUGUGAAAUCAAAGGGCGUUGAAGUCCGGUUUCAUGGUCGCGGCAAGAAUGAAGCCUCCCACUAUUGUGGUCAGUGUGAGGUGGAAGUGUUCAAUAUUUUGUUCAUUCGAGAGCAAGAGAAGCGUCAUGUCGUCCAUUGCAUGGAUUGUGCUAGGAAACAAGCCCCUGAACUUGAAGGUUUUGUGUGCCUGGAAGAAUAUCAUAUGUCAGAACUUAUGAAAGUCUAUGAUAGUUUUACAUUAUAUCCAGUGCAAAGUCCAGGUAGCACAGCGGUAUGACAAAACUCUUUUUGUGAGCCAGAGCACGGUCCGUGAGGUUCAGCUCCAAUCAAGUAGCCAAAUUUUUUCUCACUUUAUUAUAGUUCCCUCUAGAAAGUAAGUAUGACCUUAACCUUGACGUAUUUAACGAUAUUCCUGGCAAGCCAGACUUUAGCGCAAUUGCCCCCCUAAGGCUCAGAUAGAGCUCUAGCCAUGUAUCAAACGUUUUUGUAUCUAUGUAAAUAUCUAUUUACAAUAUUGAAUUCUUGUGUGUUCAUAGAACAAGAACUAGAAUUUCUUAAGCUUGGUCAAAGAGUGCUAUUCUUUCAGUGUCAGUUAUGUUUUUGGCGCAUUAGGUAGUAUUAUUAUAGGAUAUGAAAUCACCCAAAAAAAAUUUAGAAGCCAUGAUUUUACACUCUUUUUUUCUUCCUUUUUUCUCUCUCUCUCUUAGUUAGUGCAAUUUUUGGAAGAUGUAUUUGAUUCUGUCAGAGUUCAGGAUGAUUAAUUGAAAGUAAUGACUCAUUGGAAAUUUUAUCGGAGAAAUAUAUAGGUAUAUAUAUCAGGAAAGGAUUGGAUUGAUGAAAAAAAUAGAUCUAACUCUUCAUAUUUGAAAGCAUUAAUGUCAAAUUACGUAUUAUAUAUUUGAUUUCUUUAUGGUAGUAACUCUACCAUCUGUAUUACACAUUAGUCUGGUCACUUCACCAAAUUGUUGGCUUAUAUUUUUACAAUUGUACAUCUUAAGCCAAUUCCCUUAAAUAAGUUUAAUUAAUCAAGAAUGAAUAAUUGUCUUCAUCACAAUUGUGCUUGCACUUUUUGAAAUACUUUAUCAGUUAGGUUAAUGGAAGAAUGCUGUUCAUUUAAAAUUUUUUAACAUUUGAAUAAUUUCAACAUUAUUAUUUUAGUAUUUUAUAUAAAGCGACAGCAAAGAGCUUUUCUUAACUUUAUCUUUAGGUUUCAACUUUUAUUUUCAUCGUAAGUAACCCACAAAUCAGAGAGAAUAUUCUUUUAAGCAUAUGACAGUUAUAUUUUUGUCUCGGUGUAAGGUAGUUGUUGAAGUAUAUCGUCUUUAUAACUGGGAAGAAAUUCCUAAAGUUUUACAUUUUUUGACAAGCUAAUGACCUUCUUCUAAUAUGUAAUGAUUUUUAUGCAUGUAUCGUUGAUUCUUUUUUCAUGCACGAUCUUAUAUCUGUUAAGAAUGAAGUAUGCUUUGAUUAAUUGAUUUCUGUUACGGUUUUGUUCGGUGAAUUGAGCUUUUAAGGUCAAAAUGAAAAAGAAAGUGCAGCUCUAAUACUUACAACACUUAGUUUGCAAGUUACAGUGUUCAUUGAUUGUGUGAAAGCAAAGAACUCAUUUUUAUUGAAUUUUCGGUUGUUCUUAGAGUUCAGGGGAAAAGUUCAGAUAAGAAAUAUCCGUAACGUGAGGAAUUUUUUGAAAUUUCAUCAAAAAUCCCGUAAAUUUAUUCGAUUUUUUUUUUUAGUUUUUUUAAUGUUGUAUAAUUAUUUCAGAUAAUCCUUUCCUUAAUCCAGGGAAUGGAGAAAUUUUGUGUUGAUUUUAAAAUUAAUCGCAGUAACUGUUCCCCUUUUUAAUGCAUGAUAGUAAAUUGUAGGUUGAGAAAGUUGGGGAAUUUUGGUGCUUUUAACCAAUGAAUAGCUGGGAAGGACUGGACAUUUUUGUCCUGAAAUCUAUGGAUACCUUGGGUCUGUUGGCUCAAUACAUUACACAUUCAAAACGGGAAAUUGUCUUUUCCCUUUCGGAAUAGAUUCGUAGCCUAUAGGAGCUUUCCCAACAAUGAAAAUUUGAUCAGAACUAGACUAUCAGGGAGUUGAAGGAACUUUAUAUAAUUUGCCUCUGUAAUAUUUUUAUCAUAGGUAAUGAAUUUGUAUACUUAGGUGAAAUAUUAGUUAAUUAAUUUUAAGUUGUGAAAGAAAGAGCCGGUUUCAUUUCUGUUUCUUGUAGCCCAGGCCCAGGGGGUGGCUCACCAUUAACAUGUUCCCUAGGGCUGAGCAAGUUAAUAGCUUUCACAUUUUGCUGUUUUUUUGAGAGGCUCUCUUGGCCUAGUGAGAACAAGUAAGAUAAAAGUACGAGCAAGAAACGUAUCAAAAGCCUGUGAAUAAUAAAAUGGCCUUGAACUCAUUGCUUCAUUGAUGUGAAGUGUUCAAGCAGAUCUACAGAUUUUAAUUCAGAAUUUCUCCACCGUGGUGUUUGGAAACUUCUAGAUUUCAUCAUUUAUAAGAAGCACCAAAAUUUAUUUUAUUUUUGACUUAGAGGAUCUUGCAGUUUUACAUGAUGAUCUAAUUUUCAAAAACCUGAAAAAGUUGCAGAUAGAAGCAAUGUUUUGAGCAUAUUUUCUGUAACUGUACUACAUUUUCAAGUAUUUGCUGGCUCAUCCAUAAAUGCACCCACUUAACACGGAAACUAUUGACUCACGUUGUUUCUAAAAUAAGCCAGAGAUGAGAGUUUCCUAUUCCUAAAUGUAGUCCAAUUUUCCUCAUCUUAUCUUAUUUCAUAUAAUGGUCUGUGUCAUAUCGCGAUUUGAUUUGGAUAUGAUGUCUCUCAAAACGUCUUGAAUAUUUGAAGUUUCUACUUUACAGCAUCGGUGGCAAAAAACUGACCCAAAUUCUGUAGAUCCUCUUAUAUGGGAUGUUUUAUAUCAAUCAUCGCUCCACUCUGCUGCCAGUUUUUCAUCAAUUACUUUCAGUGCAGCUAGGCUGCCAGCCUUCAAGAUGAAGACAACCAUUAUGUAUUAAGAUAUUUUGAUGCGUGUUCAGCUCUUCAACCUUUUAUUAUUUUUUUUUUUUUUUUCUGCGUACAGUAAAAUCUCGAUUAUCCGUUUAUUGCUUGCCCGGCGCAACAAUUUUCGAAGCUUUCUUCAUUUUUUUUCAAGACAUAUUUCAUGUAGUUUCAUACGUUUUUAUACAUUUUUGAUGAUGUGUCGUUUUCAAUAUCUGACUUGGGGCUUCGCCACUACUCAUCAGAUAAUCGAGGUAUUACUGUACUUUGAUUGUGUAUGUCAUGUCCUAUCGUGUGAAUGAGAAGUAUCCUUAAGUUAGUGCGCAAUGUGAAUUUUUUUUUCUCUUUUGUUUCUUUUUAUUUUAAUGAUUUCCAACUGAUCUCAAGAAGCAAAACAGGAGUUGGGGUUUUGUGACUGACUUCUCAAAUGUUUUUUCACUUAAAACUGUUUUUUAUGAGGUGAAACUUUUUCUUUUUUUCCACCACUAACAUUACAUAUUUCUCACUUAAAUGCACAAAGUAAUGUGAAUUUUGCUUUUCUUUCUGGUUUCUCUUUCUUUCUCUUUCAAGCAGAAGGAAUGUAACAAAGCAAAACUUCUUCUCUGCGUACUUUUUACUAAGUUUGCAAAGUUUGUUGUUGAGAAAGUAAUUUUUUUUAUUAUUAUUAUUCAAGCAUAUUUUUUUCUCGAUCCCAUCUCCCAUUUUCUUAAGAUUUUCAUUCCGAAAAAUUCAUCAUAUUAACUGCUAUGUACUCAAAAUAUUUCCACUUAAAAAAUAAUGCAUUCAUCUACUAAAUGUUACUUCAAUCCAAAAUGCGUCCAAUUCAAUAAUCAUUUUUCACAAAUGAUGUUGUGAAAUUACAAGGUAUUAAAACCAUGGUAUUAAAAUGAAUCUUGUGAAACAAACAUUGCUUUGAAGAUGUAGCUGUUAUCUAUCUUUCUGAGGACCUUCUCUCUUCUCCUAAUUAUAAUGUACCACAGUGAUAAAAAAUAUUUUUCCAACACUGAACAUACCUCAAAUCAGGAGUGAGAAUUGUUCUUAAAUUGGUGAUGAAUUCAAACAGUCGCCACCUUAAAUCGUUUAAAAGUACCUCUUUUAAUCGCAUCAUCAUUUUAUUAGGGUCAUUUUCAUUGAACAUGUUUAAACUUUUUUAUAUUUAUAUGUAAUCACAACUAUCAUCGGAAUCGAUGCCCCUAAUUACUUUUUUUCUCUUUAUGAGAAUCAGUAAAAAUCAACCAAAUAAAAAUUGUGUCUGUACUUUUUAUAUUGUAUAAUUUUGUCAUCAGUUUUUUGGUUCAAUCGAGUGGCGUCUUUUAAGAUCCUGAUGUCAUUCAAUUUUGAGUAGGUAUUAGAAGGAUCAUAAUUUCAUAUGCAUGAUGGCUAAAAUUUUCAAGAAUUUUUCAGCGUGGUUUUAUAACAAUUCGACUGCAGUAUUUAAAAGUUAUCUUAUCCUGUGUAUCACUAACUAUAAAAAAAAACACUUACUUCUAAUUCCCUCUUUUGCAUUGUAAAUCAAUAAAACAGAUCGAUGGAUAUGAAUUCUAUUCUCAUCAAAUAAUUUUGAAGACUGAUAAGCCAUGGCAGCCCCUGUUUUGCCAUAGAAAAUUUUUGCUGACUGAUUUGGGCGUUUUUGGCCUAAUGCUUCUUUAGAUAGGGGUUACUGUAUUGGGUUACAAUGAAGAGUUUAAAUCAAAAAUUCCUUUCUGGUCAAUUAAAUUACAUAGAUCUUCACAGAAGUUGAAAUGUGCACUUGUUAUUUUAAGUUUUUAGCUUAGCUGAAUACAGGCUACCAUUCUGAAAUCCCAAAAUGAAAACUCUUCUUACAAAGAAGCAAAAAAUUAGGAAUGAAAUCAAAAUAUUUUUCGUUCGCACUCAUUAUUUUCUGUCAAAAAUAAAAUUGUUGCAGAGGAGGGAAGAAAAAUCGAAUUCUCUUUACCUUUAUUCUUAUCUCUUUUUCUAUUUUUCUACCAAAAACACAGUGAAAGAUUUUUCAAGUCACAGAAUCGGUGAACAAUAAAUAUUUUUGGCUUUUUAAAAAAGAUUUCUAGUUUCUUAAUUUUGCUUGUUCCAAGAUAAUUAUGCAGCAGAAUGGUUCAUAUUAAUUCCAACAAGUAAUUGUUGUCUUUAUUCUAUUUGACAAAAAAAAAAAAAGCUUCCCUAUAUAGUUGAAUCAUGUUUAAGUUUUCAUUUUGGAAAGAAAUUCGCCUGCAUCUAAUUUUUGCAACUAAACUUACGGAUUGACUUUGGAGAGGUGAUGAACCUUUUCAGCAUCCUCCUCCAUUUUCACUUUCAUACAAUUAUUUUACCAGGAAAGUAGAUUAACGAAAAACUCUUCAUAACAAUUCACAGAACAGUUUAGAUAAAAUUCCAUCAGUGAAACAAGUAUAUAUUACCACUGUGAAGAAACAACUAAACUUAUAAAUGGUAAAUUUGAACACUAUAAAUUGCUGCUUGUGUAUAAGUGAAAUGCGAAAGAUACUCAUGGUUAUUUUUUUGACUCUCAUAAAUUUAUGCCCAGUUGGUCACCUCGGUUUUUUUAGUCAACCUUGAUUCUGUUUCACACUUCGAUCGUGCAGUUUUAUGUGUCCAACAAUUAUUAUUGUCUAAUUCCUGAGCAUUAACUUGUUUUUAAGUGGAGUAGCUUGCAUCUUUGGAUGAUGGUUUAGAGUUUUGUGCAUUAACUGUAAUCAUUCAAAUUUGUGAUAUUUUGUUAUGGUGAAGGUAUUCUUCAAUGUACAGUUGCGAGAAAGUACAAAGUCGUCUUUUCGUUUGGCGACCGUUUUGUAUAUAAUUUUAAGUCUUUCCACGACUUGCGGCCUUCAUCGUGCCCCGAUUCCACCAUCUUUUUUUGCUCUGCGCUGUGAAGAGAUCCCCCUAUUUUCCAAUAAUCCAGCACCCCUAAUAUUGGUUAGGUCCAGGCUGUGUGCAUGCCUCUCAUUUCCUCCCUUAGUCUCAUAGUAAGGAUUCAAAUCACAAGUGGACUUCAUUUUGCAAUUAGGAACUGUACUCUCUGGCUCAUUUGCAAAAUUAGUAAUGUCCAUAAGGAAACUAAUGGUACAUAUGUUGUUUCUAAACUGAGCCAAAUAUUGUAGUUCCAAAGUGCAAAAUUUAGUCAAAUUUGAAUAGUCAUGGCUAUUAAUAAGUUUAUGAAACCUAGAGGAAAUGAGUUGAGGCAUGAUAGCCCACCAUGCCAAAUUGCCUUCUGUAGUCCAAGGAACCUGAUUUAUCCGUUGCCUUAACAAGAUUCUGCAUGCAAAUUUACCUCUCGCUGCGUAGAUAUUGCCCGAUCUCCAGUGAAAUCAAACUGUCUUGAGUCAGGAUUUGAAUAUCAAACGGAUUUUGUAAUGUAUUGUACAUAUGUAAGUAAUCUCUUUGCAGGGUUAGAAAUUUGAUCUUUCAAUCUGUUGGACCCUGUCAACUGUUCAAUUCUAAGCAAGUCAAUAUCAUGCAUAGACUUACUGUCAAACAAAAAAACUUGCAGUAAGCAAUCGUUUGUUUACACAAAAAUUGUUUUCUACCAGAGUUGCACAAUAUUUUACCAUUCUGACUGAGAUGCUGUACUUUUGAUGGCAGAUUGCUUUCUCUAAACUGCUCUUUAUUUUGUUCAGUGACAAGUUCUUUUCAGAGAUCAAAUUUCUAACUUGGCCGCUUGUAAAGUUUGUAGUUUGUACAAUUGACUGAAAGACAUGUUCGCCAGGAAUGUGACAGCUACGCACUGCCAAUUAGAUUUAGUAACACUUGUGGUAUCUCGUAACAAGAACCAUGGUGGUUUAGUGUAAGAUCAUACGUUUAUUUUUAAGCUGUUGAUCGUUUAAGGUAAUUUAAGUGUUAUCAUUCAAAGUGUUCAGCUUUUAUUUGUUUUCUUUUUUAAGUGUUGCAUCCGUGCUUUUAGAAAAACCAGAUCUGGUCCUCCUUAAUGAUGCACUUCAUUUAUCUAGUUUUUUCUGAAUUUUUUAUCGUCCAAAAGUCCUGUAGCAAUCUCAAAUUUUGAGAUUUUUUUGUUAUUCCUACCUAAGUGAAAAGAUAGUUUGAUAAAUUUGUAUCAAAACCAAUAGUUUAUCAUGCGUCUCAUAUGAGAUUGUUGUAGGAGGAAAAGUAUAAAAUAACAACCUACACACCUAAUGUUUAAAUUAGAACAGAGGCUCUUUUCUAAAAUGAAUGACUUUCAGCUUCAUCCUGUUACCCUAUGAUUGUAGUUUUAAGUCUUGAUCCUAAAAUUCACUCAUUUAAAUGAAUAAAAAAAUGUUCAGUUCUAAUUGCUGAGCUUUAGCCCCCAAAAGAUUUCUCAAUCAGGUCAUUUUGAUUUUUAACAAUCUCUUUUUUGGUUUUAAUGAACUCAUAUCUUUAAGGAGUAGAAUCAUUUUAAUUUCUAAAAUCAUUACUUUUAAUCUGAGUACGUUAAGCAAUUAUCCUUUCAUGCCGUACAGACAAGCAUGUUCCUAUGAAUCCUGUGUCACACCUGCUGCAAUAUUGCUUUUCAUUUUUUGAAAUCUUUGAUUAUUUCAUUGUAUGAAUGUCGCGCCUCUGUGGAUAUUUGUUAAUCAACUGCUAUUCUCUCAUCAAGAUUUUCCUGUGAGGUUUUACUCUAGAUAUCUCAAUUUUUUUCCUCCUAAAUUGUACUUUCAAAUUAUCGAGGUCCUUGCUUCAAGGCAUCAUUUUAGUUUAUCAGUCAGUCCUUCUCAAUACCUUCUAAUUACCAGCAAACGUUUUGUAUCAAUAUUGUACCCAUGGCAAUCGGAAUGGCCUACAGUUUUAUCUGCCCUGAAAAAGGACAAAAUCAAUAAGCUUUACUUACAUUUCGUAAUCAUUUUAGCAAAUUAUGUUUUUUUUUCUUCCGCUGUUUUUAUUUCUUGAUGUAAAAACUUCAGUUUUUCGUCCUGUCCUGGAAUUGUCAAUCCUUCAAAAAUGUCUUUGAUUUUUCUCAGUCAAUUUGAUCCCUCACAUUCAUCUCUGUGAAUGUUGAAGCUUUUUUUUUUUUUUUGUUACUGUUGACAAGAUACCAAAGCAAGAAUUUUUAUAUAUGUAUACAUACAUUUCUCCAGACAACUGCGUAGAAAGCAUUAGAGAAAAAUAAAUAUAACACUAGAGACAUAAUUUUUUUAAUUUGUUUGAAUUACUUUGAAAAGCACUGUUAAUGAUAUAACUUGUUUUAAUAUUUCAAUCUCAUGACAUUUGGUCUAAUUGUGAGCAACAAACAUCUGAACACAACGCAGGGACAUUAUCAUCUGUCUCAUCCAGGAUCACAAGGAAGCUAUGCAUCAAGUUUUGAAGCGGAAAAUAAGAAAGAAAAUAUUUCAACCUUUUUACAAAAACGUUGGCAUCAAGGAAAGAUACCUUGUGUAUCCAACAGUCCCCUUUUAUCUUAAUUUGUUUAAUGUAUGUAUGUUCUGCAUUAUCAUCUCAACUUAAACUGCAUUUCGGCAAAAAAUUACCGGACUAUUUUGCUGUGUGUUUGUGUAAGUAGAAAAAUGGUUAUUGAAGAUUAUAACCAGCAAGCUGGCUAUAAUGUAAGUUCUUUGUACUGCCUUCUUCUCAUCUCUCUGUAUUUGUGUAAAAUAGGUUGUAAAUCCAGUGUAAAUUUUUUAAUCGUAAAUAUCUUGUGUGAAUAGGAUUGCAAAUUGUAAGUAAGAGUAACUUUCUUUAUGUCUCCAAUGAGCUGUAAUUUAUUUUAUUUUCUAGGGAUGUAAUUUAAUUAAUAAAAAUUAUAAUUAUUUCA